UCCAAGGGGAAUCGUUAUCUUCAUCAUCGACACCAGAAUUACAGAGGGAAUUGUGGAGAAAACCUGAUCCCUCAAGUUUUGCGAUCAGAUCAGAAAAGCAAUGAAUAGGGAGGAUUGUGUGGGUUGGGCUGCACGAGAUUCAUCCGGUCUUCUUUCUCCCUACUCAUUCACUCGCAGAUCUGUUAAUAACGAUGAUGUUUCUGUUGCAAUUACCCACUGUGGAGUAUGCUAUGCUGAUGUCAUCUGGACCAGGAACAAGCAUGGAGAUUCUAAGUAUCCAUUGGUACCGGGGCAUGAAAUUGCUGGAAUAGUCAAACAGGUCGGCUCCAAUGUCCAUCGAUUCAAAGUAGGAGACCAUGUUGGUGUGGGGACUUAUGUCAACUCAUGCAGGCAAUGUGAGUAUUGUAAUGAAGGAGAGGAAGUUUCUUGCGUAGAGGGACGGGUUUUCACUUUCAAUGCCAUCGAUGCUGAUGGCUCUGUUACGAAAGGAGGUUAUUCGAGCCACAUCAUCGUUCACGAGAGGUACUGCUACAAGAUACCCAUGGACUACCCCUUGGCCUCAGCUGCGCCUUUACUUUGUGCUGGAAUCACGGUUUAUGCACCCAUGAUACGCCACCAUAUGAACCAACCUGGUAAAUUACUUGGGGUCAUCGGGCUUGGCGGUCUUGGCCACAUGGCAGUUAAGUUUGGUAAGGCUUUUGGGCUGAAUGUCACAGUUUUCAGCACGAGCCCGUCCAAGAAAGAGGAAGCUCUGAAUCUGCUGGGAGCUGACAAAUUCAUCGUCUCAUCUGACCAAGACCAGAUGAAGACACAGGAGAAAUCGUUGGACUUCAUCAUUGACACAGCAUCCGGUGAUCACCCGUUUGAUCCAUACAUGUCGCUUUUGAAGAUUGCUGGAAUUUAUGUCCUGGUUGGCUUCCCAAGUGAAAUCAGAAUCAGUCCUGCCAGCCUCAAUCUUGAUAGGAGAAUGCUUGCGGGCAGCUCAACUGGGGGUACCAAAGUGACUCAGGAAAUGAUAGAUUUCUGCGCUGCUCAAAAGAUUUAUCCAAAGAUAGAGUUAAUUCCCAUUCAGGAAAUAAACAAAGCUCUGGAAAGGUUGGUAAAAAGGGACGUCAAGUACCGUUUCGUGAUUGAUAUCGAGAGUUCUCUGAAAUAGAAAAAAGAGAUGUUUCCACAAGUACCUAAUGUCCUCUGCUUCUGAACUCUUAACUCUGGAACUCUUCAUGAAAAGGAUCGAUAGGAGUUUACAUGUUUUGAUUGGCAUGUCUGCAAACUCUUAAGGCUAAGGAGUAUGUUAGCAUUACAGAAGGUGGUCAAGGCGAGAAGUUUGAAGAAGCUGAAUAUAAGAUCGAAGGAAGUUUCUGAAGCAGUUAUUUACAGUUUUCUUUCCUGUUUGUAUUGAAGUUGUAACUACCUCCUCUCGAUACUUUUCAUUUCCGAAACAGAGUUCAUAA